AUGAAAGAGAAGGAAAAGGUACAAGUUUUUCUUUUGAGAGUGUCUAAAAAUCUCAGCCACAUGAGGUCAUACGGUGAAAAUGUUAGCAAUGAAACUGUAGUCAGUAAAGUUUUAAGGAGUUUGACUAUGGAUUUCAAUCACAUCGUGGCUGCAAUCGAGGAAACAAAGGACCUAACCACUUAUACUUUUGAUGAACUAAUGAGCUCUUUGAUGGCUCAUGAAGAUAGGAUGAACAGGUGUUGUGAGAAAGUCGAUGAGAAGGCCUUUCAAGCAACUGGGGAUCAGAAUAAACGAAGUGUAAAAAGUUCAUGUGGUCGUGGAUGA